GUUUUGACAGUUUCCCCCACAUAACAUCUGUACUUAAGAAGCCUCACUGCUAUUGGUCUGAUGUUGUGGUUCUCUGUUUUUCGAUCGCUAAUCCCAAUUCCCUAAAUCAUGUGAAAACCAUGUGGUAUCAAGAAAUCAAGCACUUUUGCCCUCGCACACCUGUCGUCCUAGUUGGCUGCCAGCUAGAUCUCCGCUAUGCUGAUCUUGAAGCUGUUAAUAGAGCCAGGCGCCCUUUAGCAAGGCCCAUCAAAAGAGGGGAUAUUUUGCCCCCAGAAAAAGGCCGAGAGGUUGCCAAGGAGCUGGGCAUACCGUACUACGAAACGAGUGUGUUUGACCAGUUUGGCAUCAAGGAUGUGUUUGACAAUGCAAUCCGAGCAGCCCUGAUUUCCCGCCGUCACUUGCAGUUCUGGAAAUCCCACUUAAAGAGAGUUCAGAAACCGUUACUGCAGGCACCAUUCCUACCUCCAAAAGCCCCUCCACCGGUCAUCAAGGUUCCCGAGUGCCCCUCCACCUGGACGAACGGAGCCGCCUGUUUGCUCAACAAUCCCCUGUGUGCAGACGUCCUGUUCAUCCUGCAAGACCAGGGGCACAUCUUUGCACACCGAAUUUACCUCGCUACCUCCUCUUCCAAAUUUUACGAUCUCUUUUUAAUGGAAUGUGAAGAAUCCCCAAGUUGGGGUGACGGAGCUGGUGAGAAAGAGAAGCAGAACAGGGAUUUCCAGUGGCACACAUUGCAUCUGGACGCAGACGAGGACAGGCAGGAGGGCGCCCCCCGGACACCGCAGCCCGAUCAGUGGAAGUCCUCUAGCAAGGGCUUGUGGGAGACUCCGGGGCUGGAAGCUGAGGGCUCAGGUCCAGAGACACAGGCUUUGUCUGGAUGGAGUAAGGGGUUCGUUGACAUGCACAGGGAAAUGCAAGUCAACCCCGUUUCAAAGCAGGUGGGCCCCAUCACUGUGGUCAGGAUGGACUCAUCAGUCCAGCCAGGCCCUUUCCGGACCCUGCUCCAGUUUCUGUAUACGGGGCAGCUGGACGAAAAGGAAAAGGAUUGGAUGGGCCUGGCUCAAAUUGCAGAGGUCCUGGAGAUGUUUGACUUGAGAAUGAUGGUGGAGAACAUCAUGAACAAGGAAGCCUUCAUGAACCAGGAGAUCACAAAAGCGUUUCACGUCAGGAAAGCUAAUCGGAUAAAAGAAUGUCUCACCAAGGGGACCUUCUCAGACGUGACAUUUCAGUUGGAUGACGGCGCCAUCAGUGCCCACAAGCCUCUGCUGAUCUGCAGCUGCGAGUGGAUGGCCGCCAUGUUUGGAGGGUCGUUUGUUGAAAGCUCCAAUAGUGAGGUCUAUCUCCCGAACAUAAACAAGAUGUCAAUGCAAUCAGUUUUGGAUUACCUCUAUACCAAGCAGUUGUCACCGAACCUGGACCUGGACCCACUGGAGUUAAUUGCCUUGGCAAACAGACUUUGCCUGCCACACUUGGUUGCACUUGCAGAGCAGCACGCUGUACAGGAGUUGACCAAGGCGGCAAUGAGCGGCGUGGGUAUUGAUGGGGAAGUGCUCUCUUACUUGGAAUUAGCCCAGUUUCACAACGCCCACCAACUGGCUGCCUGGUGUCUGCACCACGUCUGCACAAACUACAACAGUGUCUGUGCCAAGUUCCGCAAGGAAAUCAAGUCACAGUCCUCAGACAACCAGGAGUACUUUGAGCGGCACCGCUGGCCCCCAGUGUGGUACUUGAAGGAAGAAGAUCACUACCAGCGUGUGAAAAGGGAGCGCGAGAAGGAGGCGAUUGCACUAAAUAAACAUCACUCCAGACGCAAAUGGUGUUUCUGGAACUCAUCGCCAGCUGUCGCCUGAGGAGGGAGAGGAAACAGAAGAAGAAAAUGCGCAACCUGAUGCCCCAGAUCUCAAAGCCCGACUGGAAAGUUAGUCUUAUUACUAGAGAUAAAACGUUCGGGUUCAGGCACUGAUCUUCCUCCACUUCCGUGCUUUCAUCUUGGUCAGGGUCAAAGCCCAAGCUCCCCAUCAAUGAGCCUGGACAAGAAAGGGAAGCUGAUGUUCACUGCAUUCCUUAAACUAAUAUGUAUAUUAUUUUUUCUUAGGAGGUUUAAUAAACUAGUCCGUUAUUUCCUUUCUUUUUAUACAAAGGGAAAAAAAAUCAGCUUUCAUGUUUCAAUUUCCAAAUUGGGAAAUAUUUUUAUAUGGUCUCUUGUAUUUUGUUGAAGAUGAAAAUACUGUGUAUUACUUUAUUUUACAGGCCACAAAUUAACCAUGAAGUCGUCCUGUGGUUAAGUUGAAGCUCUCUGGCCACACGGCCACCGAGGCAUGAUGCGUAAUUAGAGGGCUAUCCUUUUGUUGUAGAGGAAAGGGUUGGAAUGGAAUUCCCCAAACUGCAAGCUAAAGAGUGUUUCUUCUUUGUUCUGCUGAAUGCCAUCAGUAUAAUUACUAAGUCAACUCCAAGAAAUGUGUAUUUACAAUAUUUGCUGUGUAAGUGGUAGUAAUUAUAUGGUUAUACGUGCCAUGUAAAAUAUGGUGAUAUCAAAUAUUCUGUUGUUUAACAUGUCUAGAUCCAAGAGGAUAAUCUUUAUAAUCAUUAGAAGGGCUUAUUCAAUCCCAGCAUUAUCCAGGGCAAACUCACCUGAAUGCAAACGAUACACUUAGAACGUUGUUUGGAUGGCCGUAUUAGGGUUUAUGUCUUUCAGUAUUCCUCAGUCUGGCCAUGCGCUGCAUGCAGAUUCUCCAUUGACUUGAAUCGAGGUAGACAAGGGACAGGGCCACGGACUCCAUCCCAGCAUCUUCAGGUUUGUCCCAUCUCACCACCAGAGGCAGGCUUCCUCAGGUCUCUCACCUGUAGCCAAUUUCACUUUGUAAGACAGGUGUUUUUAACUCUUCCCAGGGAACAUCCAGGUUGCUGCAGAUGCAGGCUAAGGCAGACCCCUCACCCCUGCUGACAAUUGGCGGGGCCUGUGAAAGCGCAGAGCUGGAGGCUGGGUCGCCCAGGGGCCUGCAUUCUCUGAGCAGGAAGGGAUUUCUUACUGCUAGAGUCUAGGAAAUGGUGCUAUUGUGAGUUAGUCCCGACCCUUUGUCUCUCUGAGUUUUCAGUGUUAAAAUUAGAAAGUAUUGAGCAGAGGAGCUUUGGAGAGACUAUCAACCAUUGCUUCUUUGUAAAUUAAUAUGUUACGGCAGGCACGCGGCGCAUUCUAAGGCCAAAGGUCCAGAAAUGCCAUGGGAUGUUGUGCGUCAGGGCUAGGGCUCAUUUUGUUGGUGGCUCACUUAUGGAUGCUACAGGCUAUUGAUUUUGUUUUUAUUUUUACGUUCUUUCUAGAUUUUAGAAGUUGAAAAAGAGACAGUUGGGCCCAGGCCCCAAAUUGACAGCCAUAUGUAUUUGAAAACUCUACCUAGCUUAUAAACAGGCAUUUAUGACAGGCUGUAGAAAUACACCAGAUAAAAGAGCCUAGGGAGGCCUGGAAAUGCAUCACCCUCCCAUGACCAGGGAGGGAGCAGUAGAGCAGGGACGGCUAAGUGCAUCCACUUCACGCUUGGUGAGUAGGCUAGCAUCUGAUUCACGCAAGGAGGCAGAAGACAACGCAGAAGGCUGAAUGUCAAGACUCAGGAAGAAUUGUCCAGUGUCCCAUCAUAAAAUGGCGCAGUGGUUGAGUUUGUAGUGAGUAGUCAUAGUUGAAUUUAUACAACCAAAGCCCCCAUUUGAUUGUACUCUUGCCAAAAUGUAAUGGACUUAAAAUGAGCCUGGGUUAUAAGCAAUAAUCUCCAUUAGUGUUUUAUCAGCUACUGUGACCAACUGGCUGGUUCAUUUGGUUGAUGCUGAUUAUGGCCUUUAACCAUGGUGGUUUGUUUUGUGUUUUUUAUUUCACAAAAAGCCAAUAAAAUGUUUAGUUAUCAAA